AUGUCAAAGGCUGUUGGUAUUGAUUUGGGUACUACGUACUCGUGUGUCGCACACUUCAGUAACGACAGAGUGGAAAUUAUUGCAAAUGACCAAGGUAACAGAACCACCCCAUCUUACGUUGCCUUCACCGACACUGAAAGAUUGAUUGGUGACGCUGCUAAGAACCAGGCCGCUAUUAACCCACAUAACACCGUUUUCGACGCAAAGCGUUUGAUUGGCCGUAAGUUUGACGAUCCAGAGGUCACCGCGGACGCGAAACACUACCCUUUCAAAGUUGUUAACAAGGAGGGGAAACCAGCGGUGCAGGUCGAAUUCAAAGGUGAGACCAAGACUUUCACUCCAGAGGAGAUCUCAUCCAUGGUCUUGACCAAGAUGAAGGAAACCGCUGAAAACUUCUUGGGUACUAAAGUUAACGAUGCUGUUGUGACUGUCCCAGCUUACUUCAACGACUCGCAAAGACAGGCUACAAAGGAUGCCGGUACAAUUUCCGGUUUGAACGUGCUUAGAAUCAUUAACGAACCUACAGCGGCAGCAAUCGCUUACGGGUUGGACAAGAAGGGUACCGCUGAACACAACGUUUUGAUUUUCGAUUUGGGUGGUGGUACCUUUGAUGUGUCGUUGUUGUCCAUCGAUGACGGUAUCUUCGAAGUCAAGGCUACCGCUGGUGACACACAUCUGGGUGGUGAAGAUUUCGACAACAGAUUGGUCAACCACUUGGCAGAAGAGUUCAAGAGAAAGAACAAGAAGGAUUUGACCACUAACCAGAGAUCAUUGAGAAGAUUGAGAACCGCCGCAGAGAGGGCCAAGAGAGCUUUGUCCUCUUCGGCACAAACUUCAAUCGAAAUUGACUCGCUGUACGAAGGUAUCGACUUCUACACCUCUUUGACCAGAGCCAGAUUUGAAGAACUGUGUGCCGAUCUAUUCAGAUCCACCAUCGACCCUGUCGAAAAAGUCUUGAGAGACGCCAAGUUGGACAAGUCGCAGAUUGACGAAAUCGUCUUGGUCGGUGGUUCCACCAGAAUUCCAAAGGUCCAGAAACUGGUCUCGGACUUCUUCAACGGUAAGGAACCAAACAGAUCCAUUAACCCAGAUGAAGCCGUCGCUUACGGUGCUGCCGUCCAAGCUGCUAUCCUAACUGGUGACACCUCAUCCAAGACCCAGGACUUGUUGCUACUGGAUGUCGCUCCAUUGUCGCUAGGUAUUGAAACCGCCGGUGGUAUCAUGACCAAGUUGAUCCCAAGAAACUCUACUAUCCCAACAAAGAAAUCUGAGACAUUCUCCACUUACGCGGAUAACCAACCAGGUGUCCUAAUUCAAGUCUUUGAAGGUGAAAGAACAAGAACGAAGGACAAUAACUUGCUGGGUAAGUUUGAGUUGUCUGGUAUCCCACCAGCUCCAAGAGGUGUCCCACAAGUGGAAGUCACCUUCGAUAUCGACGCCAACGGUAUCUUGAACGUUUCUGCCCUGGAGAAGGGUACCGGGAAGACCAACAAGAUCACCAUCACCAACGACAAGGGUAGAUUAUCCAAGGAUGAUAUCGAAAAGAUGGUCAACGAAGCGGAGAAGUUCAAAGAGGAGGACGAAAAGGAGGCUGAGCGUGUCCAGGCCAAGAACCAAUUGGAAUCCUACGCUUUCAGCUUGAAGAACAGUGUCUCAGAGGCCGCUUUCAAGGAGAAGGCCGGUGAAGAGGACGCUAAGAAACUGGAAACCGCCGCACAGGAAACCAUCGACUGGUUGGACGCCUCACAGGCGGCCUCCACGGAUGAGUACAAGGACAGGCAAAAGGAUUUGGAGGCCAUUGCCAACCCAAUCAUGAGCAAGUUCUACGGUGCUGGUGGUGCCGGUGGUGCUCCAGGCGGCAUGCCAGGUGCUCCAGGUGGUAUGCCAGGUGCUGGUCCAGCUGGUGGUGCGCCAGGUGGCGACUCCGGGCCAACUGUCGAAGAGGUCGACUAA